ACUAUUGUGUAGUGUGUGCGGUAUCCAAAAUCAUUUUGUCGACAAAACAAACUUGACAAUUUUUUUCAGAUUAGAUUUUGUAUGUUUUUAUAUUCAAUAUUGACGCGAAUUUUUGGGGAGGUUUUGUUGCUUCUAAUUUGACAACUAUUUCAUCCGUCAUGCAGUGAGUUCAAUUCAGUCAAACAAACACUCGGAAUAUAAAAGUAUGAGCGGCGGGGGACGUGGAGGAUUUGGGGGGAAGGGGAAAAUUGCUUUUGGGAAAAUCAAUCUAGUUUCCACAGUCGCAGGGGUAGGUGAGGAGGACGAGAGGAAGGAUGACGACGGUGGUAGUGGUGGUUUUGGUGUAUUCGGAAGUGGGACUGCCUUCAAACCUCCCCCUCGACCAGAGGAGAAGAGCGAGGAGGAGUUGCAAAUGGAGAGGACGAUGGGCUUCUCUGGAUUUGGAACGGUCAGAAACUUACCACAGAAAGUGGCCAAGACAUUCGACGUGAAGGAAAUGGUGGAGGCGAUAAAGAAAGCGAACAAGGGGAAGGCACCCAGCACGACAACAGAUAAUGUUAUCAAACCUCUAGAGAUUGAAGAGGAAGUGGUUAAACCCAAGAAGAAACAGGAAGUGGUGGCAGAACCAAAAAAUACAGAUGAGAAUUCUGAUUCUGGGGAUGAGAUUGUAGGUCCCAUGCCAGUUGCAGCAACGUCAACUUCGAAAGUGAAAUCCAGGGACUCUAGUGACGAUGACAGCAGCGAUGAUGAUGAUGACGACAAAGCCAAGGGUGAAUCAGAAAGAGAGGAUGAACUGGACGAAGAUGUGGACAGUGACACAGAAGCCGAAAAGAACUUUCCUUUAGAGCAUCAGUACAACAUUGAGCAUGGUCUUCGACCCGUGAUGGGGCUGGCAGUUGACAGCUCUGCUACUCGGUUCGCAUCUGGAUCCCUGGACUAUGAAGUAAAACUUUGGGACUUUACUGGACUUCGGAAUCGCCAUGCUCUCAGAACUAUAAAACCAUGUGAAAACCAUCCCAUUAAACAUGUCAGCUUCUCUGCCAAUGGGGAGUCACUUUUAGUUAUUUCAGGAAGUGCCCAGGCCAAGGUACUUAAUCGCGAUGGUUCCGAGCUGCUAGAGUGUAUCAAAGGAGAUCAGUACAUUGUAGACAUGGCUCGCACUCAAGGUCACACGGCAAUGCUUUCAGGAGGAAUGUUUAAUCCUAAAAAUAAGUCAGAGUUCAUGACAUGCUCAGAUGACAGUACUGUGAGGCUGUGGGAGAUUGAGAAUUCCAGAGCACACAAAACCCUAGUGAAACUAAAAAAUGCUGGAGGACUAAAGAAUAGGGUCACGGCCUGCACCUACUCCCGAGACGGCGUCUGUUUCCUGGGUGGAGGGUCAGACGGUACAAUUUGUAUGUGGGAUACCCGAAGAGCUCUCGUCCUACCUACAGCAACAAUUAAGGCAGCUCAUCAGAAAAAUAGUGAUAUUUUCCAUCUUACAUACUCUAACUCGGCGUUAGAGGUUGCUUCGCGAGGGGAGGACGGUGUCGUCAACAUCUUUGAUACGAGGAAUUGGAGGAAACCCCUGUUCAAGAGUAGUCCUGGAGAAUUUCCUGCAAAAUAUUUCACGACGGAUUUAUGCUUCAGUCCUGAUGAUCGUCACCUCUGCAUCCCCUCCCUUCCCCAUGGAACGACGGGGAGGACCAAGGACGAAGCCAUUAGCCACUCCUCUCUCAAAUUCUUUUCCACAAAGUCCCUACGAGUUGUGAAAGAACACCCAUUUCCAAACCAGAUCGUCAUUCGCUCCGUCUGGCACCAUCGUCUCAACCAAAUUCUUUUAUCAUUUGCUUCUGGGACUAUCGGGAUCCUGUAUGACACUACAAAAUCACAGCGUGGAGCACUAUUAGCCCAUGGGAAGGGACCCAAGAAGCAGAAAGCCAUGGGUGUGGUCGAAGACAUGCACGGAAAGGUGGUUAUCACUCCAAACUCACUCCCUCUCUACAAGACAGAAAGAUCAAAAAAUCCUAAGAGAGAGGAAGCCAAGCUACGAGCGGACCCAGUCAAAUCUCAUCGACCGGAUCUCCCCAUCACCGCUGGAUCUGGUGGUCGUGUCGCUGCGUCUGGUUCUACCCUAAGCUCUUAUGUAAUUCGAAAUCUGGGUUUGAGUAAAUCUUUCAAAGAUGAUAUGGACCCAAGAGAAGCAAUUCUCAGAUUUGCAAAGGAUGCUGAAGAGAAUCCAAUUUGGGUCACACCAGCUUAUAAAAAAACUCAGCCAAAAGCAAUUUUUGAAAGACCCCCGGAAGAAGAACCACCUGAUGCCAAGAAACAAAGGCUUUUAUAGAACAUACAGCCACACACUUUAGCUCCUUCUUUUUAAACCUUUACUUAUCGUGACAAGUUCUUAAAAUUUAGUUUGUCUAUGUUUUUUUUCUUUGCACAUAGAAAUAAAGGAGUUGUUAUGUUGUAUAUAAUAGAA